ACCUCUUCAGACUCGCACCCCAUUGUUGAGAGCACCUGCGUGUGCGUGCGUUUCACUCGCUCUCCUUUGCUCUUUGCGUGAAGUUUGCAUUCCGUACUGGAGUGCGCUUCUGCUGAGCUCUCACCUCUUUCCAUUUCAGAUUCUCUCUCCCCUCUUGAUCUGAGAGAAUUUGAUCUUCCGGAGCUGCUUUUUGAGGUGGCUGAAGGAUAUUGCAAGUAAAUUCCCGAGCAGAGCACGCAAAGAUGACGGUUACACCAAACCUCUCAGUCAAUGACGGGAACCUUGUGGUACAUGGAAAAACCAUACUCACAGGGGUUCCUGACAACAUUGUGCUUACUCCAGGAUCGGGUGUCGGCCUCGUUGCAGGUGCAUUCAUCGGUGCCACAGCUUCUAACAGCAAAAGCCUGCAUGUUUUCCCAGUUGGUGUCCUAGAGGAUGUCCGCUUCAUGUGCUUAUUUCGUUUCAAGCUCUGGUGGAUGACCCAGAGAAUGGGAACAUGUGGGAAGGAUAUUCCACUUGAGACCCAAUUCAUGCUCGUUGAGAGCAGAGACACAAGUGAAAGCGAGCAUGAAGAUGCUCCAACCAUCUAUACUGUUUUCCUACCUGUUCUUGAAGGCCAGUUCCGUGCAGUUCUUCAGGGCAAUGAGAAGAAUGAGCUGGAGAUUUGCCUUGAAAGUGGAGAUAAUGCUGUUGAAACCGACCAAGGACUUCACCUUGUUUACAUGCAUGCUGGGACAAAUCCUUUUGAAGUCAUCAAUCAGGCUGUGAAAGCUGUUGAGAAACACAUGCAAACAUUUCACCACCGAGAGAAGAAGAAGUUGCCCGCAUUCCUUGACUGGUUUGGCUGGUGCACAUGGGAUGCUUUCUACACUGAUGUCACUGCCGAAGGUGUUGAAGAAGGACUUAAAAGCUUGUCUGAGGGAGGUGCACCUCCGCGCUUUCUGAUCAUAGAUGAUGGGUGGCAACAGAUUGGAAGUGAGGUCAAGGAAGAUCCCAACUGUGUUGUACAAGAAGGAGCUCAGUUCGCAAACAGGCUAACAGGAAUUAAAGAGAAUGUAAAGUUCAAAAAGAAUGGCAAAACUGAUGAACAGGAACCAGGUCUGAAACAUGUUGUGAAUGAUGCCAAGCAGCAGCACAAUGUCAAGUAUGUUUAUGUGUGGCACGCUCUGGCAGGUUACUGGGGCGGAGUGCAACCUGCAGGUACUGGUAUGGAGCACUACGACACUGCUCUGGCAUACCCGGUGCAGUCUCCUGGUGUACUAGGGAACCAACCCGACAUAGUUAUGGAUAGUCUUGCUGUACAUGGUUUGGGCCUGGUGCACCCUAAGAAGGUCUUCAAUUUCUAUAAUGAGCUCCAUGCCUAUUUGGCUUCCUGUGGAGUCGAUGGUGUCAAAGUUGAUGUACAGAAUAUCAUCGAGACUCUGGGUGCUGGCCAUGGCGGUAGAGUUUCUCUAACUCGUAGCUACCACCAGGCCCUUGAAGCUUCCAUUGCACGCAACUUCCCUGAUAAUGGAUGCAUUGCUUGCAUGUGCCAUAAUACUGAUGGAAUAUACAGUGCCCGACAAACUGCUGUUGUUAGAGCUUCUGAUGAUUUCUACCCUCGUGAUCCUGCUUCGCACACCAUCCACAUUUCUUCAGUUGCUUAUAAUACAAUAUUCUUGGGAGAAUUUAUGCAACCUGAUUGGGAUAUGUUCCACAGCCUGCACCCAGCGGCUGAAUAUCAUGCUGCAGCUCGAGCUGUUGGAGGAUGCGCUAUUUAUGUCAGUGACAAGCCGGGUAACCACAACUUUGAGCUCUUGAAAAAGCUAGUUCUUCCUGAUGGAUCAGUUCUUCGUGCGCAAUUGCCUGGACGACCUACAUUGGACUGUCUCUUUGUGGAUCCAGCCAGAGAUGGGACAAGCUUGCUUAAAAUCUGGAACAUGAACAAGUGCUCCGGGGUGGUUGGUGUCUUCAACUGCCAAGGUGCAGGCUGGUGCAAGGUAGCUAAGAAGACACGCAUUCAUGAUGCCUCCCCUGGCACUCUUACUAGCUCGGUUCAAGCGAUAGAUGUCGACGGCAUAGCUCAAAUUGCUGGACCAGAUUGGAAUGGUGACACAAUAGUCUAUGCCCAUAGGUCCGGCGAAGUUUUUCAGUUGCCAAAGGGCGCUUCAAUUCCUGUGACCCUUAAGGUCCUUGAAUAUGAACUCUUCCACCUUUGUCCUCUGCAGAAAAUCACAGCAAACAUUUCCUUUGCACCAAUUGGCUUACUCGACAUGUUCAACUCAAGUGGUGCUGUGGAGCAGUAUGAAAUCCAGAAAACAAAUGAAUUUCUUGAUGACAGCACUGAGUCCGGGGUUUUAAGUGAAAACAGACCACCAGCAGCAACUAUCACUCUGAAGGUCCGUGGAUGUGGGCGCUUUGGAUUCUACACUUCUCAACGUCCCCUGAAAUGCAUUAUUGGCAAUACCGAGACCACCUUUAACUUUGAAGCUGCAACCGGAUUGGUAACUCUGAACAUCCCAGUACCAAAAGAGGAAAUGUAUAGGUGGCCGAUUGAGAUCCAAGUUUAAGUAUGUUUCUAACCUGACAAACUCCUGCUCUCAUAAAUCUCCAUUGCUCAGCAUUUUCAUCCAUGCAUGAGGGUGAAAGUAAAUCAUUUUAUGCUCGGUGGGAUGUUUAUGUAUGAUAAAGUAAAGAAAGGGAUGAGGAUUUUAGGGAGGCCUCUCCUGAGGAGAAAUAAUUGCCCUGUGUACCAGUUAUCAGUUUAUGUAAUAAUAUAAUGUCUGUUGGUUCUCAUGUUAACCAUUUCUUCUUC